GCAAACUUAGAGCAUAUUUGUUUGUAAAAUGGGGUUAAAGGGUGCAACAUCUGUUGCCAUUAUUCUCUCCCUUAACCUCCUUUUUGUUUCUACUCUCAUCUCUGGUCAGCGGGUUCCUACGCGGCCACCACCACCACUAUCACCUGUGAUAACUCCUUCGACACCCCCACCUAAGGUGUCUCCUAGAACACCUCCUUCUAAACCACCAUCAGUUCCUCCGACACCCCCACCUAAGGUGGCUCCUACGAGACCUCCUUCCACACCACCGAGAACACCUCCUUCUAAACCACCAUCAGUUCCUCCGACACCUCCACCUAAGGUGGCUCCUACGAGACCUCCUUCUACACCACCCAUAAUACCUCCUUCUAAACCACCAUCAGUUCCUCCGACACCCCCACCUAAGGUGUCUCCUACGAGACCUCCUUCUACACCACCUAGAACACCUCCUUCUAAACCACCAUCAGUUCCUCCGACACCUCCACCUAAGGUGCCUCCUACAACUCCUCCUUCUACACCACCAUCAGUUCCUCCAACACUCCCACCUAAGGUGCCUCCUACAACUCCUCCUUCUAAACCACCAUCAGUUCCUCCGACACCUCCACCUAAGGUGGCACCUACGAGACCUCCUUCUACACCACCUAGAACACCUCCUUCUAAACCACCAUCAGUUCCUCCGACACCUCCACCUAAGGUGCCUCCUACAACUCCUCCUUCUACACCACCAUCAGUUCCUCCAACACUCCCACCUAAGGUGCCUCCUACAACUCCUCCUUCUAAACCACCAUCAGUUCCUCCGACACCUCCACCUAAGGUGGCUCCUACGAGACCUCCUUCUACACCACCCAUAAUACCUCCUUCUAAACCACCAUCAGUUCCUCCGACACCCCCACCUAAGGUGUCUCCUACGAGACCUCCUUCUACACCACCUAGAACACCUCCUUCUACACCACCAUCAGUUCCUCCGACACCUCCACCUAAGGUGCCUCCUACAACUCCUCCAUCUACACCACCAUCAGUUCCUCCAACACUCCCACCUAAGGUGCCUCCUACAACUCCUCCUUCUACACCACCAUCAGUUCCUCCGACACCUCCACCUAAGGUGGGUCCUACGAGACCUCCUUCUACACCACCCAUAAUACCUCCUUCUAAACCACCAUCAGUUCCUCCGACACCCCCACCUAAGGUGGCUCCUACGAGACCUCCUUCCACACCACCGAGAACACCUCCUUCUAAACCACCAUCAGUUCCUCCGACACCUCCACCUAAGGUGGCUCCUACGAGACCUCCUUCUACACCACCCAUAAUACCUCCUUCUAAACCACCAUCAGUUCCUCCGACACCCCCACCUAAGGUGUCUCCUACGAGACCUCCUUCUACGCCACCUAGAACACCUCCUUCUACACCACCAUCAGUUCCUCCGACACCUCCACCUAAGGUGCCUCCUACAACUCCUCCUUCUACACCACCAUCAGUUCCUCCAACACUCCCACCUAAGGUGUCUCCUACAACUCCUCCUUCUACACCACCAUCAGUUCCUCCGACACUCCCACCUAAGGUGCCUCCUACAACUCCUCCUUCUACACCACCAUCAAUUCCAUCCCCACCCAAGGUGAGUCCUACGACACCACCUACUUGUCAAAUUGGGAAACUAAGCGUUUGUGUUGAUUUGUUGGAUAUAUUUAAAGUAGUGAUUGGAGGACCACGAAGCACACCUUGCUGCCAAUUCAUCAAUGGCCUUGUUGGUCUUGAUGCCUCUGUUUGUGUUUGUGCUGCACUCAAAGCUAAUAUAUUGGGAGUCAUUGUUAACCAUAAUGCUACCUUACAAUUACUCCUCAACAAGUGUGGCCAUGUCCAGUCUACUAAUUACAUUUGUCGUUAAGAAGAUGUUAUGUUCUUAAUAAGCAAUGGCCAAUGCAUGCCAUAUAUGCCUAGUCAAUGGACAAGUCCUAGUAAUAAAUUAAUAACGUCCAUUAUAUAUUAAUACAAAAAUAUAUAUUUGUUUUAUUGUUGCUAAUUGUGAUAUCGAUGAAAGUCUCUGCAUUUGUCGAUUGUUGGGUACGAAAGUCAUAUAAUAAAUAUAUCUUUUAUUUUAUAUAUAGUUUACGAAA